AUGGAAGAAAUCAGCACUGUGAAAAAUGUGUUGGAUGAGAAGUUUAAAAUCAAAGAUAUCGGCAGAUUGAAGUACUUUCUAGGACUGGAAUUUGCUCACAGUUCAAAAGGAUUGGUAAUUUGCCAAUGCAAGUACACAUUAGACCUCUUAGAAGAAUUUGGUAUGUUGGGUGCCAAGCUAGCAAGCACUCCCAUGCAAUAUUCAGCUACCCUCUCCAAGAAUUCAGGGACGAAGUUGAGUGAUUCACUACGGUACAGGAAACUAGUUGGCAGGUUGCUAUAUCUCACCAAUACUCGACCAGAUAUUUCGUAUGUUGUAGGAUAUUUGAGCCAAUUUCUCGACUGCCCCACUGAUCAACAUUUUCAAGAAGGGUUUGUUGAUUCGGACUGGGCAACUUGCCCAGAUACUAGAAGAUCUGUAACUGGUUAUUAUUUUUUCUUGGGUGGAACUCUUAUAUGUUGGCGUAGCAGGAAGCAAACUACUGUCUCCUAUUCUUCAUCAGAGGCAGAAUACAGGGCAAUGAGCCAGGUAACUAGAGAAGGACAAUGGCUAGUGUAUCUUCUGAAAGAACUCCAGGCUGAGCAUAAGACACCUUUUAAUCUCUUUUGCGACAAUCAAUCCGCUCUUUACAUAGCUGCGAACCCUAUCUUCCAUGAAAGGACAAAGCAUUUGGAAGUGGACUAUCAUUUAAUCAGAAACAAGGCUCAAGAAGGAGUGGUAAAGUUGCUGCUCGUCAAGACAACUGAACAAACAGUAGACAUUCUUACUAAAGCUUUAUCUCCGGCUCCCUUCAACACGUGUCGUAGCAAACUAGGAUUAUUGAAUCUCUAUAUUCUCAGCUUGAGGGCGGGUAUCACGUGA